UUCCUGGUAAGAUGGCGGUGAGUUCGGUGUGCGGUCGCUGGCAGCUUCUGCGACUCCUAGGACCCCAGCGUUCGUUCCACAGCGUCGCAGGGUCUCUGAAACCGCUGGCAGCCGAGCUCCUCGCAGCACGCCCGGGUAAUGGGCGGCCACACUACGCUCUUCUCGGAGUCUUAACUCCUCGCUGCAUCAGUACAUCUGCCACCUUCUUUGCAGAAGCCCAGGUCCAGGCAUCUCCUGUUGUUCCUGCUACCUCCACCCCCACUGCAGUACCAGAGGUAGCUUCAGGAGGAGCUGCAGAUGUACUCCAGUGUGCUACAGAACAGAGCUUCACAGAACUGGGGCUUGGCUCUUACACCCCAGUGGGAUGCAUCCAGAACCUCUUGGAAUAUAUACAUGUCGACCUGGGCCUGCCUUGGUGGGGGGCCAUUGCCACAUGUACCAUCCUUGCCCGUUGCCUGGUUUUUCCUCUCAUUGUGAAGGGCCAGCGAGAAGCAGCCAAGAUCCACAACCACAUGCCAAUGAUGCAGAAGUUUUCCACUCGAAUCAGAGAGGCUAAGUUGGCAGGAGACCAGGCUGAGUUUUACAAGGCCACCAUAGAGAUGACACACUAUCAGAAAAAACAUGAUAUUAAACUCAUCAGACCACUCAUUCUACCUCUCACUCAGGCCCCAGUCUUCAUCUCCUUCUUUAUUGCCUUGAGAGAGAUGGCCAACCUGCCUGUGCCCAGCCUCCAGACAGGUGGGCUCUGGUGGUUUCAAGAUCUCACUGUAUCUGAUCCCAUCUACGUCUUGCCACUGGUAGUCACCGCCACAAUGUGGGGUGUCCUUGAGCUAGGUGCUGAGACGGGUGUGCAGAGUGCUGACCUUCAGUUCAUGAGGAACAUUAUCAGGGUGAUGCCCCUAGUCGUCUUGCCUGUGACCAUCCACUUCCCCUCGGCAGUGUUCAUGUACUGGCUGUCCUCCAAUAUGUUCUCCCUGUGCCAAGUAGCCUGCCUCCGGAUUCCAGCUGUGCGCACAAUGCUUAAGAUCCCCCAGCGAGUUGAACAUGACCCCGACAAAUUGCCUCCUAGGGAAGGCUUCUUGAAGAGCUUCAAGAAAGGCUGGAAGAAUGCUGAACUUGCACAUCAGCUCCAAGAGCGGGAGCAGCGGAUGCAGAAACACUUGGACAUAGCUGCCAGAGGUCCCUUACGGCAGACUUUUACCCAUAACCCUCUGCUACAGCAUGAUCCAAGUCACCCCCCCAAAGCCCCCAACAGCAGCACCAACAGCAUCAAAGGAAAUGCAAAGAAGCCCUGGCAGGACACACUUGGCUGAUGUGUGCUCGCUCUGAUGAGAACCCUGCCUCUGCACAGAUUCUUCUAAACAGACUUGAUCCUAUGUCCUUGUCCCAGCCCUGGGGACUACAGCAUUUGGAAGUGUUCAUUUUAAAAAUUGUUUCCACUACAGACUCCUACUCGUGUGUAUUAAAAGAGCCCUGGAGAGCCAAGCAACCUUCCCAUCCACAGAGUUAGUAAACCUCUGUCUUAUCUGGGCUUCUUGAUGUUUGUUAAAUAUGGAAUGGGAGUUGUUGGACACUACAGGGUGGAAAAUGAUUUCCCUCACUAGCCCUUGCUCUUGGGAAGGAUCUUCAUGUUUUAUCUUGGACUUCAAAACUCAGCCCUCUACCUCACACACUGCAUCUCCAUCUGCAUUUGCACUGUAGAGGUAUGAUGGGCAAGACCGUAUGACGGUCGCCUUUGUGGUGCUGGAGAUUGAUCCUACAUCUCUAGCCCUGAUCAUGUUUCUUGACCCCCAUGAUUACUUUUGCAAUUUCUUGAAGAAGCAGAUACGCUGAAAUUCUUAGUGACGAUUUAAAAGAAUGAAGGGGGUCUAGGGAAAAGCGGAUCAGCAGAUAAGACUUCAAAUCCCCAGCACUCAUGUGAAAAGCUGAACAUGGUCCUGCUUUUAUGCCUGUGACCCCAGUGCUGUGGGGUGUGGAGACAGGAGGGCCACUUGUUUUGCUGGCCAUCAGCCUAGCUCCAGGUUCAGUGUGAGAUCCUGUCUCAGAAUAUAAAGGUAGACAUGAUAGAGAGGACACUUGACACCCUGCUCUGGCCUCUGUACAUGCGCCAUACUUUAAGAAGAAGCCCAAGUGUUUAUGCACAAGCUUUUCCCAUUCAUGACAUUUUAAUACAACA